UCCUGCAGCACUCGGGAGACCAUAUGGGAUGCCGGGAUCAAGCCCGGGUCUGGAACAUGCAAGACAAGUGCUCUUCCUACUAUACUAUUUAUAGGGCUCCAGCACAAUUCUCAUAAAUGAAAUCAUAUGCAAAUUCUUCUAUCCAUGGAGGUAAAUACUAAGGAUGUUUUCCACAGGAAUUCUAAAGUGACCCUCAAGUACAUUUCCUGUAGAAAGAGGAAGGGAGCCGACAUGAAGGAAAAUGUGGCAUCCACCACCGCUUUCCUUCUUCUACUUUUUCUCAACAUCAGUCUUCUGAAUGGGCAAUCAAUUCCUGGAAAACCUAAAUUCUAUAAGUGUCGUUCUCCUGAAAAAGAAACCUUCACCUGCUGGUGGAAUCCUGGGGCAGAUGGAGGACUACCUACCAAUUACACGCUGACUUACCACAAGGAAGGAGAAACACUCACCCAUGAAUGUCCAGACUACAAGACUGGAGGCCCCAACUCCUGUUAUUUUGACAAGAAACACACCUCCAUAUGGACGAUGUAUAUCAUGACCAUAAAUGCCACAAAUGAAAUGGGAAGCAGUUCCUCAGAUCCACUUUACGUGGAUGUAACUUACAUAGUUGAACCAGACCCUCCUGUCAAUCUGACUUUGGAAGUAAAACAGCCAGAAGACAGAAAACCCUACCUGUGGAUAAAAUGGUUUCCACCCACCCUGGUUGAUGUAAGAUCCGGUUGGCUCACACUCCAGUAUGAAAUUCGACUAAAACCUGAGAAGGCAUCUGAGUGGGAGACACAUUUUGCUGGGCAGCAGACUCAGUUUAAGAUUCUCAGCUUAUAUCCAGGACAGAAAUACAUUGUCCAAAUUCGUUGCAAACCCGACCAUGGAUCCUGGAGUGAGUGGGGUUCAGAGAGUUCAAUCCAGAUACCUAAUGACUUCACAUGAGAAAUACACAACCGGUGGUGGAUCUUUGUUGCUGUCCUUUCUGCUGUCAUCUGUUUGAUUAUGGUCUGGGCAGUGGCUUUGAAGGGCUAUAGCAUGGUGACCUGCCUUCUUCCACCAGUUCCAGGACCAAAAAUAAAAGGAUUUGAUACUCAUCUGCUUGAGAAGGGCAAAUCUGAAGAACUGCUGAGUGCCCUAGGAUGUCAAGACUUCCCUCCAACUUCUGACUGUGAAGACUUGCUGGUAGAGUAUUUAGAAGUGGAUGACAGCGAGGACCAGCAGCUGAUGCCAGGUCAUUCCAAAGAGCACCCAAGCCAAGCAAUAGAUCCCGACAGUGACUCAGGCAGAGGUAGUUGUGACAGCCCUUCCCUGUUGUCCAGAGGAAAGUGUGAGGAACCUCGGGCCAAUCCCCCAACAUGCCACACUCCUGAGGGCCUUGAGAACCAGACAAUUCCAAAAAUACAUGUUAUUCACACCUGGAACCCCCAGAGGCACAAGCUUUGGAAGUCAAAAAUCCCCACCAUUUCCUAUGAAGAAGCCUCCAAAUCUUCAACAUGGCCUUUACCACAGCCUCCGGGACAGCACAACCCCAGAUGUUCUUACCACAACAUCGCUGAUGUGUGUAAGCUGGCACUGGGCACAGCAGGCAUGGCUGCUAAUUUGCUGGACAAACCAGACAGACAUGCUUUUAAAUCAUCACAAACCAAUGGAACUGGAAAAGAGGGAACGGCAGCAGAACAAAAGAAAGGGGAAAGUUCCCAUCCCAAGGCUGACCAAGACAUAGCAUUGCUGCUACCUUCAGAGAAAAUCCCUUUCCUCUCUGCAAAACCGUUGGAUUAUGUAGAGAUUCAUAAGAUCAACAAAGAUGGCGCAUUGUCAUUACUUCCAAAGCAGAAUGAGGAUGGUGACCCAAUGGAGAAGCUGGGUGCUCCUGAAACCAGUAAGGAGUAUGCCAAGGUAUCUAGUGUGAUGGAUAACAACAUCCUCGUAUUGGUACCAGAUCCACGAGCUCAAAACCUGGCUUUGCUUGAAGAACCCACCAAGGAAGCGCCAUCAUUCCUUCAGCAGAACCAAACAGAAAAUGACCUGUCCUCCUUCACCACGAUCCCAAGCAAUUGCAGACUUCAGAUGAGUGGGUUAGAUUACUUGGAUCCCACAGGCUUUAUGCACUCCUUUCAGUAAUAAUUGAUUAAUAGGAUGGUUAAUGUGAUUCUUUUCUUCAGGUAACACUACAGAGUGCAUGAAAUGCAAUCUACUACAGAGUGUCUAAGAGUGUGAUUAGGAUAACACUACAAAAACUCAUGAUUCAUGCCUUUUCAUGCUCCAUUUUCAACCAGUUGCCUCUCUCUCCAACAGCUGAUUCCAGAACAAAUUGUUUCAUUUCCUAACUGUGAUUUGUUGGUUUUUUUUUUUUUUGCUAUUACUUAUAAACUUAUGUGUUCAUUGAAAUAAACGCACAUUACUUAGCGUCUUAAAGGGAUGGUGCCAUAGGUAUAUCUUCGGGGAAAGGCUUUAAAGGUUAAGUAUGUGAUUGAAGGAAAUGAAAUGGUCAUAAUUGUAUGCAACAGAAAGAUGGUGACAGACGAGAGAAAAUGCCUUGAAAACCAAUUAUGUAAUCGUUAUACCCCUCUUUUAUUUGAUUAGAAUUAACUAAAUACAACACAUUUAAAGAAAGAUUGCAUUCUAGACACCCCACAAGUUGUUUACAUUUUUCCAGUUACCUUAGAGAUGCCUUGUCAGUAUGCAAAUUAAAAAUAAUGCCUCUACCUUUAUCUUAAAAUUAUUCAGAUUGUCACAUAUGUAUCUCCUCCCCCUAAAUUAAAAUGCUUUCUGAGGACUCAAGAGAGCAUCAUUUGGGGAAGUCAAAUUUCUUACAUGAGGCAAAUGAGCUUCAUGUAGGAAAUUCUUUUAAAAUAUUUUCCUGCUUAAUUUCAACAUAAUAUAUCAUUUAUUAUAGACCCUAGUCUUCACCUAGUGAGGAAAAAAAUCCCAAAGUAACUAAUUUUAAUUUAAAGAUAAUCACAGCAGGAUGUUAAUGGAAUACUGCCUUACUGUAUAUACAAAUUCUACUUUAAUAUAAACCCAUAAUUUAACAAUGUAUUUUUGAAACUAUUUUUCUAUCACUUAAGUAAAACAAAAGACUAUUUUCUACCUUUCCCGGUACAGCUGUUUACGUAGUGAUUGGGUACAGUGUUUUCUGCUAUGAGGUUAUGAUAAGUAUUUACAAUACAUAUUAGUAUAUGCAGACUCUCUCUAUGGAGUAAAAUGCCAUAGCAACCCAAAGUCCACUGAGAAAUAAGAAGUGGGUGACAAUAUUCAAUUUCCAAUACAAUGCAGACAGUUUAAUUCCUUCAUUUUCAGAAUACUUUAAACAACAAUAACUGGCCUAAAAUUUUAGGGCUCUCCACAAACCAGAAAUUUACUUCUCCUGUAAAUUUAGUGAUACUUCUGGGCUUCUGCUCUUUUCUGGAUAAAUGAAUCAUCCUUAAGAUACAAUAAAAAAAAAGGGGGGAGCUAGGUUCCUUCAAAUCUAGUGUUUGAAAGAAAUGGUUUUAUUUGGUUUUGCUUUGAUAAACAAAUGACCACAGAGAAAUUUUAAGCAAAGCCAAGAAUUGGUAUUUCUCUAGAGUAGAUACAUCAAUAAACCCAGAGCAGAAGCAGAUUCACAUCAGAAGAAUUUAAUACAAGUUCUCAGAAACCAGGGGCAGGGGUGGUGGCGCAGCAGUAGGGCAUUUGCCUUGCAUAUAGCUGACCUAGGACAGACCAUGAUUUGAUCACCCAGUGUCCCAUAUGGUCCUCCAAGCCAAGAGCGAUUUUUGAGCGCAGAGCCAGGAGUAAUCCCUGAGCAUAACAAGGUGUGCCCCCCCACCAAAAAAAAAGUUCUCAGAAACUAAAUAUCUACAAGGUGGUAGGAUGAGUUAAACAUUCCUGGUAAUGAGGAUCUUUAAGUCAAUUCCAAGGCAAGCUCCCCAAGCCCAGAUCUCCAUUUUAAAGAGAGUGUCUGUGACCCAUUCAAUUGACCCCCUUUUUUUUUUUAACUUUCUCAUAAUAAUUUCAUUUCUGAUGUCCACUCCCUAGCUAGAGAAUUUGAGUUAGCCCCUCCAUGCAGGUUAACUAUUCUGCCUUAACAAGCUUAUGAUGAUAAGAAAUGGGCUCACAGGUUACU